UAAGGCUCCGCUCCUCAGAGCCAUCGCCCUUCCCAAUGCAGACCCGACUUGCACUGCCCACCCUGGCCGAAUGUGGGCCUGGUGCUGGGCUCCGAGCCCCGGGUUCCGUCCCUGCCGUGAGCUCACAGAAGGCGCCCGGCCGCCGGCCAUUGUGACAUCAGAGCCCCCGUCCCCCUGGGCCGCGGCGCCGCGCAGCACUGCAGUCCCGCGAGGACAGCGGAGCAGGCGAGGGGAGAGGUGCUCGUGUCCUGGCACGAGAGCCAGCUUUUGCCUGUGUCUGAGUUGGAAGGAGCCCAAAUGCCGGCCCGGCAGGGCAGGCGAUUCUCUGCUGCGGAGAGGGGAAGGACGACUCCGGUCUGGCUGCUUUCUCCCCUUUCUGCUGGCAUUUGUGUACUCAUCCUUUGUGUACUCAUCCUUUGUGUACUGGCAUGGAGGAGCGACGUCCUGCAGGUGCGGUCAGCAGGACCUGCGCCCCAGUUCCCAGCUCUGGGGAACUCUCGGGUUCAGAUGGAGAAGAGGCAGGAGCUGGAGGCGAGAUCCACUCAGCUGUCAGCCCAGAAGGGCCUCAUUCUCCAAGCCCUGUUUGACGUCCUGCACGAGAACGGGAUCCACGGAUUCACCAGCGAGGAAAUCCUGCAGUCGACCCAGGAGGCCAUGGAGAAAAUGGUGGAGAACGGCGCCUGGCUGCCCAACUGGGCUCUGCAAACCCUGGGUGCCACCAUCGAUGCUGAGCGGACGUCCCAGAGUUACGGCGGGGCAGGCAGGCAGCACGGCUGGCUUUCCCCACUCUUCUCCAGCGCCAAGCCUCCUGAGACGCUGCUGCAGGCCGAUAUUUCUCCUGGCAACUGCUGGGCUUUCCGAGGAUCCGAGGGCGACGUGGUCAUCCGGCUGCCGCAGGAAAUCCGGCCCUCGGCUGUCACCGUGUGGCACAUCUCCAUGGCGGUCUCUCCCUCCGGGGAAGUCAGCAGCGCCCCCAGAGAGUUUAUUGUCUCGGGAAUGGACGAGGACAAACCACCAACCACCCUGGGCUAUUUCAUUUAUGACAUCAAAGGAGAGAUCGCCCAGACCUUCCACGUGCAGGUGGAGCCCCACAAAGCCUUCCGCCGCAUCAUGUUUCAUGUGCAGAGCAACUGGGGCAACGUGGAAUACACCUGCAUCUACAGAGUAGAAAUUCACGGCCACAUGUGAAACAUCUGUGAGAAGGCGGCCAUGGAAACAUUGACCACCAGGGCGGCCCCCGGUUGCCAGGCCUGCCAACACCACCCCCCGUCCCCCAAAGCACCACCUCUGCCCUCCCACUCCUCUCCAUCAUCAUUCAGGAGUUGGGAGCAACACCCCCAGGCUGUCAGUUUGGGGGCAGCAUCCAGCAGUCAUUUUGGGGGCACCAUCCAUCAUACAGCCUGGAGGAAGCAUACCAAGACCCCCAGUCCCCCAAAGCACCACCUCUGCCCUCCCACUCCCCUCCACCAUCCUUCGGGAGAUGGGAGCGGCCCCCCAAGUUGUCAGUUUGGGGGCACCAUCCAUCGCACAGCCUGGAGGAAG